AUGGGGCCCUGCGAGGCUCGCCGAUUUUGCUACUGUCUAAAUUCUACAGUAAAUCGUAUUGGAAAGGAAAAUCCGACUGUGGUACUCUUGACUCAGCCAGAGUUGAAUCCCAAUAACAACAACAACAACAAAUCUCGUUUUUUGCACGGCCACCCACUCUGUCCCAACUCUACAAUUUCUCACCAACCUUGUCCAGAUUUUUUGAAGAGACACUACGCAAUCCAAGAUGUUUGUGAAUUGUCCUCGGCCGAUGCGUUAGAAGAAAAUUGGAUAGGUCAGUUCUACCAUAAAAUCACCUUCUCCAAUAACACCUCUCCGGUCGAGGUCAUCACUCGGCUUAGCCAACGUCCCAAGGAGGACCUCUCAUCAACAACGACCCUCCUCAAUUUAUCCAACCUCUCGACCCUUGACCUUGCCAGCUUGAGCAAAAAUCAACCCGUUUUCUGGUCCAGAGAUGAAUUCACCAGUUCCAACGGCAUCUUUAACCCCACAUCUAACGAAAUAUGUCAACAAUUUCUGACAUCUUAUCUAACCGGUGAUGAUCCCGAACUGGACUACUUUUUCGAACUUUCUACAACAUUAAUGGUGAAAUACUUGGAACUUUCUCGAGGAACUUUUGGAUUUAGCAGGGUUGACGGAGUUUCCAGUUUUGUUGUCCAAACUAAAAAACAGGCGGCAUCGUUCACCUUUGAAAUUAAAGGGGCGGAUGGGGUAACUAGAAACAAUUUUGAGGAUACGGUGACAAACUUUGACACCCUUUGGGUGCAAGGGUGUAAAUGCGCCCGAGAAUUUCCAUACCGCGAGGAUUACACGAGCUCCGGUUUGGCCAGGAAGUGCUUCAAAUUAGAUGACACCUUAAGGUUCCAAAUGCAUUUAAUGAUUUUGCCAUAAUUAUGGAUGUAUUUGACAUGUUUUUUUAAAUGGUGGGAUAUUUUUAAGGAUUAAUAUUCUUAAUACUUUAAGCCGAAUAAAAUUUGAUCCAAGCCUGAUGGACUUAUCCCGUUGGCAUAUUCCAGUCUCUGGGAUACGAACUAAUUUAGGCAACUUGUGUAUAUAUAUGUUUGUAAGAUUAUUUAGAGGGUAUAAUUAUUAUAUUAAUAUUUAUUUAUGGUUCACACACAAUUUAAUUAAUAAUACAAAUAAUAAGAUUGAUUUUUCUGGAAAGAUUUUUGAAAUGGAAAUCGAACAUGUUCCAAGGUAAACAGGGAUAUAAGAAUUUUAAUUAAAAUAACUUAUCCACAGGACAAAAAUAAGUCGAGUAAUCCAUUC